AUGUCCUCUUAUACUAGCAACAGACGCUCCAAUAAACUUCCACAUUUCGCAAAGGUUUUCACGAGUUCUGCCACGCCAAAAAAUCUGAAUUUUAUGAUGACAUACCCAACUACAAAACCUGAGGAGACACGAAAAUCAAGUGCUACGGAUACAUUCAAACAACACCAAAAGGCCAUCAAACUCAAAGCACAAAAAAGGGAUCGAGAAACCAAAACUGCAUGCACAAUAAGAAUCACACUGCAUGUGUCUAAGUUGACACCUGAAUCAUAUUAG